AUGCUCGCGCAGGAAGCAAAAAAGACUCCCAAGGGCCCCAUUCUGCUCGUUAGUCCCCGGGGCCCCAACGACAGUCCCGGACUUGACUCACAGUCAUGUUUGUUGGAUUUGCUCGUCAGCAGCCGUUUUGCUAGCCGAUUUGUGCGCCAAUUUUGUACAGCCAUGGCAGGAAACUUCAAGGUCUGUGUGGUUGGCGGUGCAGGCGGCAUUGGCCAGCCGCUGAGCAUGCUCAUGGCCAUGGACCCCAACGUCUCCGAGCUCUGCGUGUAUGAUUUAACCAUGGCGAUGGUGCCAGCAGAAGGUGUUGCUGCCGACCUGUCACACUUGAACAUGAAGUGCAAGGUCAAGGGCUAUGCGUUUGACAAGGAUGACAAGGCAAUUGACAAGGCUGGCGAUUGUUUGACUGGCUGUCAUUUGGUGCUGGUGCCUGCGGGUGUACCUCGAAAGCCUGGGCAGGACAGAAAGGACCUUCUCAACAUCAAUGCUGGUAUCGCCAAGAACAUUGUAGAAGCCUGCGCCAAGUUUUGCCCAGAGGCUGUGGUUGGGCUCAUCGUCAAUCCAGUGAAUUCUGUGGUGCCUGCCAUGUGCGAGAUGUGGAAGAAGAAGGGCUUGAAUCCUGCCAAGAUUGUCGGAAUCACCACGCUCGAUGUGGUCCGCGCCGACAAGUUCGUCCACGAGAUGACGGGGGCGCCCAUGAGCGACGUCUCGGUGCCCGUGAUCGGAGGCCAUGCUGGCACCACCAUUUUGCCACUCUUCUCGCAGUGUCAGGUGGGCAUGACUAUCCCUGCGGACAAGAUCCCAGACUUGGACAAGAAGGUUCAGGAUGCUGGCACGGUGGUUGUCGCGGCCAAGAAUGGAAAGGGCAGCGCCACCUUAUCCAUGGCCUAUGCCGGAGCACGCUUGGGCAAGGCUGUCCUGGCCGGCCUGAAUGGUGAAGUGGUCACCGAAUGCGCCUACGUGGAAUCGAAGAUCACUGACUUGCCCUACUUUGCUUCCAAGGUGACUUUUGGCAAGCAGGGUGUUGAAACUGUCCACCCCUUGGGCGACCUCAACGACUACGAACAAGGCCGCCUCAAGGCGCUUCUGCCCGUUUUGAAGGAGGAGAUCGAAGCUGGCCUUGACUAUGCCAAGGAGAACGACUUCGCAUGA